UUCAGUGCGAGCCGGACUGCGACACGUGCGCACGCGCUCACUGCAUACAAGCGAAACGAUACGCGGAAUAUUUAAACGUUUUAUAAUAAUUUGAAAUUGAUGAAAUUUUAAUAAAAAUUUUCAUUGAACUGAAUCUAAAUAUUUUUUUAUUAUUCGUCUCAGUGAAUGGUAUUUUUUUUUUUGGCAAAAAUGAAGGUUCUAACUGCCGAAGAUAAGGUGGCGUGUGUUGGUAACGAAAAUGAACCCAGAGUUAAUGUCGAGACGAAGUUAACGAAGGAAGAAUUAAAUAGAGGAUGUCCCCUCGGAGUGUCCCGAGUUAUAGAUUCUGUGUAUAUCUGCGGGGCGCACUCCCUGCCGGGGGCGGUCAGGGAUCUUCGGCCAGGUCUGGUGGUGAACGCUGCUCCAGAACUACCACCACCUCCGGAAGACUAUGUACCGAGACACUAUGUACCGCUGCUGGAUACACCCAGCUCAGAUAUGCACCCCUACAUGGAAAGGGUCGCUGACCUUAUAAAUGAUGUGGUUAGCAACGGUGAGGUUGUGUUGGUGCACUGCGUGGCGGGGAUAUCAAGAUCCGUUACUCUGUGUCUGGCCUACCUCAUCAAAUGGCACAAGAUGACUUUGUGUGACGCCUAUCGACAUAUGAAAUUAAGAAGGCCACAAGUGAGACCGAACACAGGAUUUUUCAAACAACUCAUCAAGUACGAGGAGAGAUUGUUUGGAGAGGCGUCCGUUAAAAUGAUUUAUUGUGAGGCGAUAGACAAGGAGAUCCCCGACGUGUAUGAGCCAGACUACAGGGCCAUGACGUGGUUCAGACAACGAUAUGGACCCAUCGAAAACAGUUGAGAAAACGAAGAUAUAGAUUCAAACACGUCCACAGAUAUAACAACAGAUAUGACAACAGAUAUAACAACAGAUAUUUAUUUGAACGAAAUCAUCAUCAAUCAUCAAAACUAAAAUAGAUUGUAAUGUGAACAAACAAUUAAAAUGUUAAUAUCAAAGGAGUUAAGAAACGUGUAAGAAAAAUAUUACUAAUAUAAUAUUAUUAAGUGAGAAUAAGAAUGUACGUCAUGAUAAGACUGAAGGAAGAUGAUGAUAUGUCUGUGAGCUUAUUGAUGAAUGAGAACCCAUCAUGACUCAGUGCUCGACAUAAUAUUCUUUUGAAACUCGUGUGAAUGUUAGAAAAAACAAAAAAAAUCUUUAACUUAUACAAUAGAAAUAACAUCUCUAGGCUAACAGACGUGUAGGCAGUCUCAAUCGGUUGUUGUCAGCUUAUAUUAUAAGUUAACAUAAAAUAUAUUGUAUUGUGAUAAAUUAAUGCUAAUAUUCGGUUAGACGUAAGUUAAGGGGACCAAAUAAAUAAGUUAUAAAUUAAA